AUGGGAUGGUCCCAGCCCACCAAGAGAGACCGGAGUGUGACGGGCCGGGGUGAAGGAAUGGAUGUCUCGCAGCAGCAGCUUCAGCUGGGAGAAGAGACGCUGGCGAUGACUGUCCCUCUACCUUCUCUUGCCACCUUCUUCUUGGGGAAAAAAAUUGGGAAGAUUGACCAAGAUAUAUAUAAAUACAACACCCCAGGAUUCACCGGCUGCCUAUCGAGAGUACAGUUCAACCAGAUUGCUCCACUCAAAGCAGCUCUGAGACCUACCAACGCCUCCUCUCACGUCCACAUCCAAGGAGAACUGGUGGAAUCCAACUGCGGAGCAUCUCCACUCACCAUCCCACCAAUGUCGGCCGCUACCGACCCGUGGCACUUAGACUCAGCCAGUGCUGAUUUCCCAUACAACGGUCAAGCUAUAGGAGAUGGAGUUAACAGAAACUCUGCCAUUAUUGGAGGCGUCAUCGCAGUGGUGAUCUUCACCAUCCUCUGCACCUUGGUGUUCCUGAUCCGCUACAUGUUUCGUCACAAAGGAACCUACCACACCAACGAGGCCAAAGGGGCAGAGUCAGCCGAGAGCGCCGAUGCUGCCAUCAUGAACAAUGACCCCAACUUCACGGAGACCAUCGACGAGAGCAAGAAGGAAUGGCUUAUCUAAGCCCACGGGGAUGGGGCCUGGGGUGGG